AAUACCUGAUAUUGGGUAUUUACAGAUAAAAGAAGUUUAUUUUGCUCAUGAUUCUGGGUCAGCUCCAUCUGGCGUGGGCCCCAGGCCACUUCCACUCAUGGAGGAAAGUGGCAGGGCAGCCAGAGGGUGUGAGAAGAUCACAUGGGUAAGAAGUGUGUCUGCACAGCUCACCAACACCCGGCACCAUCGGAACACAUCCGUAGGAACACCAUUUUGGAUGGCUCCUGAGGUGAUUGCCUGUGAACAGCAACUAGAUACCACUUAUGAUGCCAGAUGUGACACUUGGUCCCUGGGCAUCACAGCCAUUGAGCUGGGUGAUGGCGAUCCUCCGCUAGCUGAUCUACAUCCAAUGAGAGCACUCUUCAAAAUACCAAGGAAUCCACCCCCAAAACUGAGGCAGCCUGAGCUGUGGUCAGCAGAAUUCAAUGACUUCAUUAGCAAGUGCUUGACUAAAGAUUAUGAAAAUCGUCCAACAGUGUCAGAUCUUUUGCAGCAUAAAUUCAUUACUCAAAUUGAGGGCAAAGAUGUGAUAUUACAAAAACAACUAAUGGAAUUCAUUGAUAUUCAUCAGUGCAUGGGAGGCACAGAAAAGGCCAGACAUGAACGUAUUCACACCAAGAAAGGUAACUUCAGCAGAUCUCUGAUUUCCAGUCUGAAGGAUGUAGACGAUUUAGCAACCCUAGAAGUUUUGGAUGAGAAUACAGUUUCAGAGCAACUCGAGAAGUGUUAUUCCAGAGAUCAGGUCUAUGUCUAUGUGGGAGAUAUACUCAUUGCUCUUAAUCCUUUUCAGAGUCUGGGUCUUUAUUCCACAAAGCAUUCUAGACUAUAUAUUGGAUCAAAGAGAACUGCCAAUCCUCCUCACAUUUUUGCAAUGGCUGACUUAGGAUAUCAGUCUAUGGUAACAUAUAGUUCAGAUCAGUGCAUUGUUAUUUCUGGAGAAAGUGGUGCUGGAAAGACUGAAAGUGCUCACCUUUUAGUUCAACAGCUGACGGUGCUUGGAAGGGCUAAUAACAGAGUCCUGCAAGAGAAGAUUUUACAAGUGAACAAUUUGGUGGAAGCCUUUGGCAAUGCCUGCACUAAUAUCAAUGACAAUUCCAGCCGAUUUGGAAAAUACUUAGAAAUGAAAUUUACCUCUUCUGGAACUGUAGUGGGAGCACAGAUUUCUGAAUACCUUUUGGAAAAGUCCCGAGUUAUCCACCAAGCUAUUGGAGAAAAAAAUUUUCAUAUUUUUUACUACAUUUACGCUGGUUUAGCAGAAAAAAAGAAACUAGCCCAUUACAAAUUGCCUGAAAAUAAGCCUCCCAGGUACCUACAAAAUGACCACCUCAGAACAGUACAGGACAUAAUGAAUAAUAGCUUUUAUAAAUCCCAGCAUGAAUUAAUUGAGCAGUGUUUCAAAGUCAUAGGAUUUACAAUGGAGCAACUUGGAAGCAUAUACAGUAUACUCGCUGCAAUCUUGAAUACUGGAAACAUUGAAUUUUCUUCUGUGGCAACAGAACAUCAAAUUGACAAGAGCCACAUUUCCAAUCAUACAGCUUUGGAGAAUGCUGCUUCUUUGCUUUGCAUUCAGGCAGAUGAGCUACAAGAAGCUCUCACCUCCCACUGUGUGGUCACUAGAGGAGAAACAAUUAUACGGCCCAAUACUGUAGAAAAAGCUACUGAUGUCAGAGACGCCAUGGCUAAAACUUUAUAUGGACGUCUCUUUAGUUGGAUAGUCAAUCGCAUUAACAGUUUGUUGAAGCAUGACACAUCACCAAGUGGAAAUGGUGAUGAGCUGAGCAUUGGCAUUCUAGAUAUAUUUGGCUUCGAAAAUUUCAAAAAAAAUUCAUUUGAGCAGCUGUGCAUUAACAUUGCCAAUGAGCAAAUUCAGUAUUACUUUAAUCAACACGUGUUUGCAUGGGAACAGAAUGAAUACCUAAAUGAAGAUGUUGAUGCUAGAGUUAUCGAAUACGAAGAUAACCGGCCUCUCUUAGAUAUGUUUCUGCAGAAGCCAAUGGGUUUACUGUCCCUACUAGAUGAAGAAAGUAAAUUUCCCAAGGCCACUGACCAGACUCUUGUAGAAAAAUUUGAAGUUCACCUGAAAUCACAGUACUUCUGGAGACCCAAAAGAAUGGAACUUAGUUUUGGAAUUCACCAUUAUGCAGGAAAGGUCCUCUACAGUGCAAGUGGGUUCUUAGCUAAAAAUAGAGACACUCUUCCAACUGAUAUUGUACUACUUUUGAGGUCAUCUGAAAACAGUGUAAUUCGGCAACUAGUCAACCACCCUCUGACAAAAACAGGUAAUCUGCUACAUUCUAAAACUAAAAAUAUAAUAAACUAUCAAAUGAGGACUUCAGAAAAAUCAAUCAACCUGACAAAGGGUGAAACUGGAGAAGCCACACGUCAUGCCAGAGAGACAACCAACAUGAAAACACAAACAGUUGCAUCAUAUUUUAGGUAUUCCCUGAUGGAUUUGUUAUCUAAAAUGGUAGUGGGCCAACCUCAUUUUGUCCGUUGCAUCAAACCAAAUAAUGAGCGUCAGGCAAGAAAAUAUGACAAAGAGAAAGUUCUGCUACAGCUUCGCUACACAGGAAUUCUGGAAACAGCAAGAAUUCGAAAGCUAGGAUACUCACAUCGGAUACUUUUUGCUAAUUUUAUAAAGCGGUACUAUGUUCUCUGCUACAAGUCCAGCGAAGAACCCCCAGUGAGUCCUGACACCUGUGCCACCAUUUUGGAAAAAGCUGGUCUUGAUAACUGGGCUCUUGGAAAAACAAAAGUGUUCCUUAAAUAUUAUCAUGUGGAACAGUUAAAUCUAAUGCGAAAGGAAGCCAUUGACAAGCUUAUUUUGAUUCAAGCCUGUGUCAGAGCAUUCUUGGGUUCAAGAAGAUACCAAAAAAUACAGGAAAAAAGGAAAGAAAGCGCUAUAAUAAUACAGUCAGCUGCAAGAGGAUAUCUAGUCAGAAAACAAAGAAAAGAAAUUGUUAACAGGAAAAGCACACCAGUAACAACCAUUCAGGCUCAUGAUCAGGAAUUUGACUAUAAGAAAAACUUUGAAAAUGAAAGGGAAUCUUUUAUGAAGAAACAAACAGAAAAUGCUGUCUCUGAUAACGAAAUAGUCAUUCCAGCUCCAAAUAAUAACGGAAAUACAUCUGCAGUGAAGACUUCUACUUUCAGAGCUGAAGAGGAAGCCACAAAUGCUGUUGAGAGUAACAACAGAGAAUAUCAAACUCAGAAAAAAAUGAAUAAUGUGUAUGGGGAAGAGGCUAAGCAAGAACUGGAUCUCAUGGGGGACCCUUGGGCAGAAGCAAGACCCAAACAGAAGUUUAACAAAGACCUCCAAGAGAACAGUAAGACAAAGAAAACAGAACAGGAGGAUGCCGUGAUCCAGAGUUACUAUCAGAGAUACACAGAAGAAAGGAAUUUUGAAGGUUCAAAGACAGCAUAUCUAGAAAGGAAGGGCAUAUCAGAAAGGCCAAGCUACCCAGGGCUUUGCUUGGCCAAGAAUGAGACUUCUUUAAAAAAAACUCUGGAACCUCGUCUUAGCCAAAGGUCAGUUUAUCAAAAUGCAAAUAGCAAGAAAAAAGGAAAAAAAACAUCUGUAGUUACCCAGAAUGCAUCGAUAUGCAGCCAGGAGAGAAGCUGCCUGAGGCAUGGGACAGUCAAAGAGAGGCAAGUUGAACCAAUGAUACAGGCCCAGGAAGAAGAAGAUAAAGCAGCAGUGUUCAUUCAGAGCACAUACCGGGGUUACAAGAGAAGGCAGCAACUAAGAAAGGACAAGAUGUCUCCUUCUUUUAAGAAUCAAAAGAUUGUUGCAACACCAACAGAAGUAGCAAGAAACACUCACAGUUUGUAUUCCUAUCCCACAAAACAUGAGGAAACUUUUAACAUCAAGAUGAAGAAUGACAAAGACUCAAAAGCAAUUUCAGAAAAAGCAGCAUGUGAUAUGGCAAUUUUUUCAAAACAGAUAUCAAAGUUAUCUGAAGAAUAUUUCAUUCUGCAGAAAAAAUUGAAUGAAAUGAUUGUGUCACAGCAACUGAAGCCACUUUAUCUGGGUGUCUAUCCCCAUAAGCCAGUAACUAGACGGGUUCCUCCUCAGCAAUGUCUCUCAG